AUGCGUGUCCUUGUUAUUGGUGGAAAUGGACAGACUGGUCGUCUUGUCAUCGAUGAGGCCUUGCAGCGCGGCCACAAGGUUACAGCCUGGAUUCGGGAUCCCUCCGCACUUCCAGCUAAGGAAGGCUUAACCAUCGUGAAGGGCACACCACUAGAGCCUUCGAACAUUGAAAGCGCUUUCAACGCAGUCCAAAGCGAUAUCCCAACCGCCGUGAUCGUCACGCUUGGAUCCCCGCAAGUAAAGGGGACCCGAGUCAUGACGAAUGCGCACGAAAACCUCCUCGCUGCUAUGAAAAGGCAUGGCGUUUCCAAAAUUGCCACAUUGUCUUCAUUUGGAGUUGGGUCUUCGUUCCCGAAUAUCAAUGCGAUUAUGAGAUUCGCAAUUUCCAGAACGAGCUUUAAGCAUUUGUUUGAGGACCAUAAUCAAGUCGAUAUGACACUGAAGAAGAGCGGAGUGAAAUUCGUGUUGUUCAGGGCCGCGAGACUGACUCUGGGGGAAAAGCGCCCGUUCAGUUCUUGGGCGACGACGGGAAAGGACUCGGUGUUUUCGCGGGCUUGGGGGGGAUCUCGAGGGCCAGUGUGGCGGCGUGUCUGGUGGAUGCUGUUAAGAAGAGCACUUGGGAUCGCAGCACCCCUGUGA